AUGGAAUCUGUGAAAAUGGGUGGACAACAUGUACGAGUCGAAAUGGAUCAUUUGAAUGGAUAUAUUAUGUCAUACUGGGAGAAUACAACGGAGGGAUCAAAAGUUAUCACUGACUAUGUUACCAAUCUAUUCAAUAUUGAUGUAUCAGAUAUCUGGGCUUCAAAGCAAUCCUUCCAUAUAAUUCAACAUGUGAUCAGUAGACAAAAGACACCAUUGAAAAACCACUGGCUGUCUGGAGGGUGUCCCCGAUUGAAACUAUUCUGCGCUAGAACAGGAUCCGUGGAUAUCUUACAAGUACUUGACGGCCUCAUACAUAAUGCCGUUUUUGUGGAGAAUUGUCGAGAAUACACCAGCCCAUUUGGAUACAGCAGAAUUUUGUCAUUUGGAGUCGAUGUACGGCGUGUGGAUGGUGUGACUGCUACAGUAUGCCUUCAGGAAACUGGAAUCUUGGUUAUUGCUGUUUGGCCAGAGGCGACUUAUAAUUAUAAUUAA